AUGAAUGAAGAUCUGAAGGUUAAUUUGAGCUGGCUGCCUCAGGAUCAUGUAGAAGCCAGCUCUACCGAGAAUGCCUCAGCUGCAGGCUCCUCCCUGGUUCCUGUCAUAGACCCAGAGCCAGAGCUUUUGGUAAACCCCUGGGACAUUGUCUUGUGUACUUCAGGGACCCUUAUCUCCUGCGAAAAUGCCAUUGUGGUUCUUAUCAUUUUCCAUAAUCCCAGUCUUCGCGCUCCCAUGUUCCUCCUGAUAGGCAGCCUGGCGCUGGCAGAUCUCUUAGCAGGCAUUGGAUUGAUCAUCAAUUUUGUUUUUGCAUACCUUCUGCAAUCAGAAGCGACGAAACUCUGUACGAUUGGACUGAUUGUUGCCUCUUUCUCAGCAUCUGUUGGCAGCUUGCUGGCUAUUACUGUUGAUCGUUACCUCUCACUGUAUUAUGCUUUGACUUACAAUUCAGAGAGGACUGUCACUUUUACCUAUGUCAUGCUUAUAUUGCUCUGGGGAGCAUCUAUCUGUAUUGGACUGCUGCCUGUAAUGGGCUGGAACUGCCUCAGAGACGAAUCCACCUGCAGCGUUAUCAGACCACUCACUAAAAAUAAUGCAGCUGUCCUUUCGGUCUCUUUCUUGCUUAUGUUUGCCCUCAUGCUGCAGCUUUACAUUCAAAUCUGUAAAAUCGUGAUGCGCCAUGCCCAUCAGAUUGCCUUGCAACACCAUUUCUUGGCCACUUCCCACUAUGUGACCACCCGAAAAGGAGUGUCUACUUUGGCCAUUAUUUUGGGGACUUUUGCUGCUUGCUGGAUGCCUUUUACGCUCUAUUCUUUAAUAGCAGAUUAUACCUAUCCUUCUAUAUACACCUAUGCCACCCUCCUGCCAGCUACCUACAAUUCCAUCAUCAAUCCUGUAAUAUAUGCUUUUAGAAACCAGGAGAUACAGAAAGCACUUUGGCUCAUCUGUUGUGGCUGUAUUCCUUCUAACCUGUCUCAGAGAGCAAGAUCACCCAGUGAUGUCUGA